AUGCCUUCCAGCUCCAGCAAAGGCAACAAGCGUGCGCGCACGGACGACCGUCCAACCCCGCGCAAGCGUGUAGCAACAUCGAGUCCCGCGCCAGAGAUGCCGACCAAUGACAGGAACAACAACCAGUGGGAAGCGACCCAGCCGGAAUACGGUACGGACGCCUUCAUCGUGCAGAGGGUCUAUCAAAACAAGAUUGCGAGGCUCCUUGUUGAAAAUCGCAAGACGAUCGAGCGCCUUGAAGAUGAACAUGAACUGAAUAUCAGAGUGAUCACAAGAAAGCACGAGCAUGUGGCGGCUGCGCUGGAAGAUGCAAAGGACGAACAGUGGAUCAGGAUCCAGAUGCAAGGCAAACAUAUCAAGGAACUCCGAGAGGAAAUAACCCGGUGGGAGAGCCGGGUUGAAAAUAUGACCAACAUGUUGAAAGCGGCGCGAGCAAAAGUGAAACAGGGCGAGGCUCUUGAGUGCUCAGUGUGCACGUAUGCCGUGAUCGACCAUAUCACCAACUGUGGCCAUGGCUUUUGCGGGUUGUGCAUCACAUCAUGGAAACGGGAAUGCCAUACUCCGCUCCCUCAGUGCCCAUCAUGCAGGAAGUACCUGGACGAGUCUCAGAUCAGGAAGGUCUUCCUCAGUGCCGGCAAGGAUGACCCAAAGCUCGUCGUUCUUGACGGCGAGUGA